AUGAUCCGGGCGUCGACAUACUAUCACAGCCACAAUGACACGGCGUCGUCGAGCUCGCCGUCGUCGGCCGGGCUGGGCAUCACGGGCGGGUACGAGGGCGACAGCCUGGCGCUGAAAGUGAUGAUCGCCUUCUUCCUCGGGCUGUCGAUGUACAACGUGGUGGAACUGCAAAUCCUGAUCUUUGGCACGUUCAGCAAAUUCCGCGGGCUGUACUUCUGGAGCCUGGUGGUGUCCAGCCUGGGCAUUGUGCCGUACUCGCUCGGCUUCAUCUUCAAGUACUUUUCCAUCCUGACCGGCGGCGGCAAGUGGUUCUCGGUGUUUUUGCUGUCCAUCGGAUGGUACCCGAUGGUGACGGGCCAGGCGGUGGUGCUGUGGUCACGCCUGCACCUGAUCGUCACGGGCUCCAAGGGCGACACCAUCCUGCGCUGGACCAAGUGGAUGAUCGUGGUGAACGCGUUGGUGCUGCACAUCCCCACCACCGUGCUCACGUGCGGCUCCAACGGCAACACCGACACGGCGGUCUUUGUGCGCGGGUACAACGUCAUGGAGAAGAUUCAGAUGUGCGGCUUCUUCGUGCAGGAGGUCAUCCUCUCGUCCAUCUACAUCGCCGAGACGGUGCGGAUCCUGCGCACCUCGGUGCAGGACAACACCAAACGCCUCAUGUAUCAGCUGAUGGCCAUCAAUGUCUUGAUCAUCAUCAUGGACCUGGGCCUGCUCGGUCUCGAGUGCGCGUCGCUGUACAUUCUCGAAACCAUCACCAAGCCCGUCUUCUACUCGAUCAAGCUGAAGCUCGAGUUCGCCAUCCUCGGCAAGCUGGUCCAGUUUGUCGGCGGGCCGAGACAGACCUCCCGUCGCCCCGACAGCCGUCGGGAUAGAGACCACGACAAGAACUGGGAGAAGAAACGGUCCUCGGCUGUUCCUCGUGCUGGAAGUGGCACCGCCCCCAGUACUACUGGUCAUAGUUUGGGUCGCGGUCACAGUCGCGGUCACAGUCACGGUCACGGCUAUAACAUCGACAUGGACAUCUCCGACUUUGUCGACUUGUCCAAAGUCAAGACCGACGUGACUCACGCCUCCCAGCCGAAUGCGAAUCGCACCAGCGUCUCGAUCCGACCGGAUGGAAGAGAUCUCAGCCUUGACUUGGAGAUCGCCCGCAUGGAGCACGUCGAUACUCUCCCGUCCGAAGCUAGAGUCCUGAACGGGGACGGGGGUGUGGUGUCGUCGGUGGCGGCGGUGGCGAGACAGCGAAAGCCAGACAUAUCUGGCUCAGACGGGGAUUGCCAGGAUGUGUGA